AUAAAAAUGGCGGAAGAUGGCGAUAUUGAUAUUGAAGGGGAUUUUGAUUAUAAAUUAGAGGUUGCCAAUAUCUAUGAUACCAAUGAACUGCCAUCAAAGAGUGCCAACCUCCUACCAGAGUUCACAAAUCCUGCUUGGAUGCUUGAACAGGGCUGGACGAUGGACAGCUGUAUUGAUGAGAAAUCCAAGGCCACCAUUGAGAAAAUGCUACAGGAGGAGCAAUAUUACUUAAAUGGGAAAGUUGGUACCCGUCAAAGACUAGGAGGCAGCACUUCCAAGUCCAAACCCAUGUCUCACAAACAGCCGUGGAGCGAAGAGGAGAAACAAGUGUUCCAGUCAGGACUGGAGAUUUUUGGCAGAAGUUGGUCCAAAAUAGCACAGCUAAUUCCAUCACGUACAACACUGCAAGUUAAAAACUAUGCCCAGCAGUAUUUCAAACAGCAGGCCAAGCGAUCCCCAGGUGCUGUGGAGACCUGUACACAGAAUCAGCUAGAUGGCACCCUUCCUCACAACUCUGCACUGGCUCAUGUGUUGGUGUCGGUGACAACUGGUCAGCCCACAGUUACUACAGCUGCUGCAGUGCGUUCUCAGGUGCCCUUAUCAAGGUCACACAUGGUGCCCCGCCCCAAACCAACUUGUACUGCUCCUUCUCCCUGCCUUACGUCACAGCCAUCUAUACCUGUGUGUCCACCGUGUCCAGUGACACCCAGUCCAAACACUGCCACCUCCUCCUCACAAGGUCUGGCUUUCAAACCUAUAGACCGAGGAACUCUAUCAACUUCCACAAUGAAAAUCCUAACACAGUCUAGUCCUCGUCUUGUUUUGCCUAAGAGACCUGCAUCAGCACCUAAACUGAGUCAGCCAGUCACCAUAGUAACAAGUAAUUUUGAGUCACUUAUUGGGGCAGAAACUCCUAAACAGUUCAUUCAUAAUGGAGAAAUCCAGCACCUUGAAGUGAUUAAACCGGCAAACCAACUUCAGUUGAGUCCAACUUUGGAGAACAAGCUGGCUAGCUCCACAGGAAUCAUCGAGAACCUGGAUGGAUUUUGUGCUGUGGCUGAUAUUGUAGAAGGAUCAUCAUCUGUUGAAGACACUAACCAGGAUGAGGAGGAGGUAGAUAUUGACAUAGAAAAUGAUGAUGAUAAUGAUGAAAAUCCCAUUCUGAAAAGUAGAUCAGCAUCACCUAAUUCUGUGUAUGAAAGACUGCUUAAAGCUGCCAAUAUAAAAAAUAGAGAUUCUAGUCAGAAGGAGGCCGAGACAAAGAUCAAACCAAGCUCAAAGGUAGACAGUUGGGCUGUGAGUGAAAAUAAAUCUGUACCGAAGUCUCCAGUAAAAUGUGAAAUUGUUGAGGAGGGUUGUGAAACGUCAGAGAUUCUAGGGGUGAGUUCAGAUGAUACAGUGCUAGAGGAUGGUCAAGCUACUCAGAUGGAAAUAAAACCACUGGACACAUUAGAGAGUACAUCCGUGACCUCAGAGGUCAUCUCUGAAUCAUCAGAGGACUGGUCAACUGAAAGUAAUUACGGGGAUGACAAAAAAAUUUCCAACAGCAUUAUUCUCUCAAAUGGAGUAGUUGUGGAGUUUUCAAUUCCAACAGAGGAACAUGUGGUAGAUUAUAAAGGCAUUACAGAUGAGGAGAGAAAAAUUCAUAUUGAGUUCUUUGAUGGCCGGCCCUCCAAGACACCAGAACGAUACAUGAAGAUCAGGAAUUAUAUCCUGGAAUCAUGGAGGAAGUGUCGCCCCAAUUACCUGAACAAGACCUCAGUGCGACCAGGCCUGAGGAACUGUGGUGAUGUUAACUGUAUAGGGAGGAUACACUCCUACCUAGAGUGUAUAGGGGCCAUCAACUUUGGCUGUGAGCAGGCAUGUUACAACCAUCCAACAAAAGUUGUUGUUGCUGGGCCAAGAGAGAGAUUUAGCCGUGAGGCUGUCAUACAAGUUAACCUGUCCAAGUUAGAGGCAAUGAGACCCAGGAAGAGGAGGAUACGAGAUGCAUGUGGUCACUGGGUGGAUGAGAAAGAACUUCAGGGGAAAACUAUAGAGCACAAAGAUGGCUGUAAUGAAGACUAUCCUAAACCCAAAGCUUAUCGGUUUGCCAAGGGUGGAUAUGAUCCUUUCAAACUGAUACCAUGUGUUCCAUUCUCAGAUGACUUAAAGCCUCCCUUUUCGGUGGAAGUUUAUAACCUAGCAAUGAUCACCAUGGACAUGCAUGCCCAUAUAUCUAAGACUGAGGUAAUCGGGAUGCUGGGAGGCCAGUACCUCGAGGAACAGGGUAAACUAGUGAUCACCAUGGCAGUACCCUGUAACAGCACUAGUACUGGCAUGCAAUGUGAAAUGGAUCCAGUGUCCCAGACUCUGGCCAGUGAGGCUAUCUGCCAGAAUUAUUCUGUUGUGGGAUGGUACCACUCUCAUCCAACCUUCGCACCUAACCCGUCCAUCAGAGAUAUAGAAACUCAACUCAAGUUCCAAGAAUGGUUUUCCAAAGGUGGUUCCAAAUUUGUUGGUGUGAUUGUAAGCCCCUAUAACAGACAAAACCCAAGUCUGUACUCGGAGUUCCAGUGUCUAACUAUUGGUCAGGAGCGUAAUGACAGUGACAUGUACAAUAUCCCUAACAGCUUUAGCUACGAUGUGAUAGUACACCCGAUAUCGACACAUGACCUGAAGGCAGAGACAAACGAGCUGGCUGAGCGGUAUGCUAGUUAUACCAAUAGGGUGGAGCUCCUGGCUGACUACAGGGUGGUCACACAGAUGAGGUGUUUAGAUAAGAUGUUAAUGUCCAUAAGUGAGUACAUGGACAACAGCCAAGAUGAAGUGGAUGAACUGACGACUGUAGUGAGAGAUGUUUUUACCGAGGCAUUUUCAUCCAACCGCCCCGAGUCUGUAGAACCUGAUGUAGUGUGUGAGGACUCGGACUUCUUCUGUACAGAGACGGACAUGAUGAGUUCUUCUAGUGAUAGUGAAGGACACUCACAAGAUAAGGACCAGUCAGAAUCAAGCUCUCAAAGUAGUGGUAGCCAAUCAAAAAACUUGUUACAAGAAAGUGAUGGUACUGGUUUAGCACAGGAACUGGAACUUACCAAAUCCACAGGCCCUCAACUUAUUGGUGUCAGUUGAUGAAAACUUCUUUUAGAAAAUGUUUUUGAUAUUUUAAGUAUUUAUUCACUCUUUCCAGUAAAUUUCUGAGUACUAAAUGAGUAAAAUGGCUGUCAGUGUUCACUCUGAAGAAAGGUCUUUGUAUGAUGGUUAUUUUCACUUUAUAGAUUUCUGUUUAACAUGCAUAUUGAAGUUAUGGUAUCAACCUACUUGAAUUGGAAAAUCUUCAUAAAAUUACUAUGAAGAUUUAUGCCAUGACUGCUGAUAUAUAUGUGUGAGGGAUGAAGGCCCUCUAUGCCUCUUGUUUAUUAGUGAAAUUAAUUGAAAAUUAAAAGUUUAUAAUGUUAACAGGACAGCACUAGUUUCAUCCUGUUAAAGAUUAUGUAGACGUCAGAUCACAAAGAUUAUUUAUUUAAAAUAGUCACACCAUGACAAAGUUUACUCUUAUGAAAUCUCAACCUCUGAUCUGUCUGUUAAUGUUGUGUUGUUCAGCUUAUACCAAACUCUUUUGUUUGACUGGAUGGAAGUGUGUGAGGGGUCUUACAGUAUGAAGAAACUGGAGCACCUGCAGAAAACCGAAGUGGUGGGGCUUAUUAACCCCAAUACAUUUUUUUUUAGAUUGGGAAUUGAACCCAAGUCACCAAGGUGAAUGGCAAGUGUGUUACCAUUGUGUCACCCUUAAAUAAGGUAAACUAAAUAACAUUGUAUCAACAAUUAUGAUGGAAAUUAAGCCUAUUGAUAUCAGAUUUCUCGUUCUCAAGGUCACAAGGGUCAAAGGUAUUUUAGGGUGGAGGACUACUAAUAGAGUUUGUUCAAUUAAGGACAUUGACCCAUCAUCUAGUCCCUGGUGUCAAAUGUGUUUAAAUAACAUUUAAUCACUCCCUGAUAGGAAUAAAGCCAAAAGAUACAAGUUGGUGGCUUGAAGAUUUUACAAGUACAUGGUAUUAAUGUAUGUAAAUCAGAAGUUGAAACAUCCCAAACUCUUGUAAUUAACAGAAUUUUACAUGGGUCUAUUCCAUGGACAAAGAUGUGUCAACCCUUUUGUAAGAGUAAGGCUUGCUAAUACUUGGCUUAAAACUGAAAACCUAAGGGUUAGCACGGAGGAUACUGAAACUGAGAACCGUAAAAUUAGAACGGGGGCUACCAACCAUUGUAUGUUGUGAUGAUGAUCCGAUAUUAGCCUGGUAUCAUGUCCAUCAUUAUGUUGUAGUACAUGCCAGCUGUCUUUCUCUAGUCCAUGUGAGAAAUGAUUGGUUAUUUGUUGGUGUAGAAAUUCCAGAAUUGAAGGCUCAUCUAAUUCAUUUAUUGAUCAUGCUGUAUCAGAGAUAUUGUGUUGAGUUGAGAAAUCAGUAAGUUUGUUAAGAUAGGUACAGAAAUGAUGAUGUUGAAUGAAAUAGCUGAAACUAUUCCCAUUAUUUCCCUACCAAUGGCAUUGAAAGCGAGAUAUUGAGGCCUGGGCCAUGAAUGUGAUGUAUGGAUGUUCAGAUUGCCGCUGCAUUAAAACUAUGUAAAAUCUUUC